AGCUAAGUUGAAACCAAGUUAGUAUACUCCGUCGACUUUCACUACAAUGUCCACAGCACAUAGACCGACCUGGGAUCCUGCACAAGCUCGCGAUGUCAAAGGUGGCUCUCGCCAGUUCUCUGUCCGAGAUAUGGCAGCACACACGAAGCUCAAAUUCCGGCAAGCUGGACAAACGUCCGUCGGGGACGUCGCACGGAGAGACUUGCGCACAGAGCUACUAGUAGCGGAGGAAGAAGCACGGAACAAGAAGCGAAAAGCAGAGGGGAAGCCACCGCUACCGCUCACAAAUGGAAACGCGACGGAGGGCACAGCAGGGGAUGAAGCUAACAAGAGGAGGAAACUAUUGGAGGAAGCCCUGGAGCUGGACAAGGACGAUGACGAUGACGAGAAAGAGGAAGCAACCGAGUCUAGAGGGCGGGAGAACGGGGAAGAGCAGGACGAGGAAAGUGAAGAAGAGUCAGAUGAAGAAGACGAGACCGCUGAGUUGAUGCGUGAGUUGGAGAAGAUUAAGAAAGAGCGAGCAGAAGAGAAAGCCCGUCAAGAGCGUGAACAGAACGCGAGUGCUGCAGUAGCACGAGAAGCUGAGAUAGCUACCUCAAAUCCUCUAUUGAAUCUUGCCGCAGCAUUAGGACAGUCACCUGGUGUAAAUACAACUGUACCAGGGACAUUCUCCGUGAAACGGAGAUGGGAUGAUGACUUAAUAUUCAAGAACCAGGCAGCAAAUCAGAAAGACAAAUCUGGCCAAUUCGUCAAUGACCUGCUACGGACAGAAUUUCACAAAAAAUUCAUGGCGAAGUUCAUUAAGUAAAGAGAAUGAAUCAUGUAAAUUAUGAUUGCUGUAUUGCAAUACCCAGCUAGGCCUUGCGUCCACCGAGUACAAGAAGCUUCUGUCAUGCUGUCACAUAAGUGGAAACGGAAGGAACUGUUGUACGACAUCCAGCGGUGCACGACUCGAGUCCUUUUGGCGACAUCGUAAAGUUUCAGUCCUUCUGCAAAGUUCCUCGUGAUACAGGAUGUCGAUGGCGUGGAGCGAUACAUGGUGCAUCGACAAGAGUAACAAUGUCGAGCUUCAAGAAUUGGUUAACUCCAUGUUCGUCUGGUAUCACCACUCAGUCCUCAAGGCCUCACGGUUGUUUGCCUGUCGGAUGUCCCACCUUCACUCAAGUCUGGCGCAUUGGCAAAGAACACUUAAAUC